AUGGUGAAGUGGCACAUUGGCACCUACGCACGUCUGCGUCCUCCUCGACGUGGACAUGACUGUGCCAAGUUCGAUCUCGACCGAGUAGACGACGGUCGGUUCAGCAGGACUGUCAUAGCGUUCCCGCCUUCAGACGACGACGAUUCUCGAAUGCACCUCAAACAGCGCGACGGACUCGACUUCCACUUCAACGACGUGUUUGACCCAAGUAUCUCGCAAGAACAAGUGUUCAACGAAGUCUGCCUGGACAUCGUGUAUAGUGCUUUGGAUGGCUACAACGGAACCAUCCUCGCCUAUGGACAGACUGGCUCGGGUAAAACGUACACGAUUACAGGAGGCGAGCAUUAUGCAGACAGAGGAAUCAUCCCUCGCGUGCUCUCGACGAUUUUUGAGGAGUUUGAGAAGAGACCCAACAUGCGCUACUCGUGUUACAUUUCGUACCUCGAAAUCUACAACGAAAACGUCUACGACUUGCUCGACCGAUCACAUACUGACCGACCAAUCGAGGAGUGGACGAAAGUUCUACUCAUGGACGAUGACGAAGGAGAUAUGCACUUCAGAAAUUUGGGUGUUUUUGAAGCAGUCUCCGAGGAAGAAGCGCUAAAUCUGCUCUUCCUUGGCAACAUGAACCGCGUCACGAGUGACACCCCCAUGAACCAGGCUUCAUCCCGCUCGCAUUCCAUCUUCAGUGUCAUGAUCGAGUCCCGGCCUGUUGAUUCGGAUAUGAUUGUGACGUCGAAGCUUCACCUGGUCGAUCUUGCAGGCUCCGAGCGCGUCUACAAACGCGAUGGCACGCAGCGUAUGCGCUCAGAGGGAAAACACAUCAACCUCUCUCUUCAUCACUUGGAACAGGUGAUCCUAUCGCUACGAAGCAAACGCAACACCGUCUCACGAACGUACCAUAUUCCGUACCGCAACUCGAUGCUCACGUCGGUCUUACGAGGCAGUCUCGGUGGCAAUUGCAAGUCCGUCUUCAUCGCGACGCUGAACCCUGAGAACGACUUUAUAGACGAGUCCAUCUCGACUUGUCGCUUUAUGCAGCGCUGCUCCGAAGUGGCGGUCGAUAUCGCAGUCAACAGUGAAGUGGACACUGAGAAGCGUCUAGAGGCAGUGGAAAAACUCAACGCGGAGCUGGAAGCCACGAACUUCGAGCUGCAGGCUCGCGCCGUGCAGCUUGAAAACGACUUGAAGGCACAAGCUCUUCACUUCGCUAAGCAGGAGGAGCAAUGGGAGCGACGUCUGACGUUGGCUCAAGAAGAGACGCAGGCGGCAAUAGCAGCCGCAAAAAGUGCUCGAGAUCGGUCCGACCAAACUGGCAGAAGGGUGGACUGGAUGCAGUGCGAGGAGAUCGUGGAGAGACUGCUGCUCACAGGAGAUCUGCCACGUGAGGAGCUGGAUAAACCCCGCAGUGUAGGCGAAUUCGAGGAAGCGCGACUACUGUACGAGGCCGUCGCUCAAGGAAUCCGAGAGUUGGGGAUGGCUACAGCGCUCGGUUGUCUCGUAGUCCUCAAGGAAAACACCUUUUUCGCUUCGAACACUGCCGCAGAAUUGCAGGAGCUCAUGAGCAAGCAGACACGGACUGUCGAGGCACUGGAACAGCGGUUGCUGGAGCAAAAGCGCGAGGCUGAGCUACUGAAGGAACAGAUUCAGAGCGUUGCAGAGGCCCAACGAUUCGAGGGCGAACCGAAGACUUCCAUCCCGCGGUCAAAGUCUCACACUGGAGCGCUGCGUAAGCGUCAGCCGUCGCACAGGCGAUCGUCAGCUAGUGCGAGAGGUGGGAGCUCGGGAGAUCGCGAUCCGUCCAACAGCGGAAGCGAUAGUGAAAAUGACAGCGAGGCAUCGGAGAGUCACGAAUACGACCGACCCUCGGCUUCACGUCUUCAACCUCCAGCCUCAAAGCUCGAGUCUUCGUCACGAAAUGGGAAAAGUUCUAAGCGGUCAGAGUACAGCAAUCCAAGCAUCUCGGAGGAAGAUCAGUCUACUGAUGAGAAGGCUACUACCCUUCGAGGUGCUGCUUUGACCACUGACGGGGUGAAAAACCCCGUUGCGCCUCCGCGCAAGUCUGGCAGCGACUUGAUCCGUAAGAGGAUGGAACUCUUACGCAAUGGGAGCUUGUUCGUCAAGUACGGACGAUAUGGGAGGCCGCACGUGCGCUUUGUAUGGUGCUCGGCUGACCUGGAAUACCUCAACUACCGGAAGGUGAACAGCUCUGUACCAAAAGCGACUAUCCCCACGCGGUCGAUUGUGCGGGUGUGCAUCGGUCAAGACACGCGAGUGUUUGACCGUGCGAAGCAACCAGCGCGAGCUCCUCACUGCUUUUCGGUCGAAUACGAAGAGAACCGAACAUUGGAUCUCGAGGUGGGUGCUGUAGUUUGGCAUAAUGGUGGUGGAGUGCCUAAUACUCACGCUACAUGUAUUGUCGUGCUUUGUGUUUCAGAUUGCCGAUGGAGAGAGCCCGGAAGUGAAGAAAACGAAGCGCAGCGACUGGGUGGAAGCCCUGCAGUUCCUCAUCAAGCUGAAAGCAGCUCCUCGUCGACAAGACCUCCCCACCACGCUACGACUCGACCGGAUCAAUUAUCUCCUAGACUAAAGGAAAGCCUGGCGCACUUGAACUUGAAGGCUAAGAUUUAUCGUCAAGAGAUUUCCACUCAAAUUUCUCUCUGUUUUCCUCGAUUAUUGCGGUAG